GAAGUGUUGAAGGAUUCUGUCUGCCUGACACUUGUUUGCUUUGUUUUGGUGGGGGGGGGUCUUUUGAAUUCUCUCUGUGGAUUUUUAAGGGUUUUUUUUGGGGGGGUUGUUCAAGCAUGAGCAGAGGUUCGAAGGGAUCCAAAGCGCAGGAGAACUGGUCCAGUUCUCUGCUUAGCAACCAAGAAAAUGAGAAGCUUUUGGAGCUGCUGGGACGCAAAUGUGUGAGUCUCGUCUCCACGGUGGUUCAGCUCUGCAUGGCCCUGCCUAACAGCAGGGAUUGCUGGAGCCGACAGCAUUGCGGAGUCGUGUGUUUUGUGAAGGACAACCCCAAGAGGUCUUUCUUCAUCAGGCUGUACGAUCUCAAGGAGGGGAUAUUGAUCUGGGAACAGGAGCUGUAUAAUCAAUUUGAAUAUUGCGUACAAUCUCCAUUCUUCCACACUUUCGCUGGAGACGACUGCCAGAUAGGGCUGAACUUCGCCAACGAGGACGAGGCAGAGUCUUUCAGGGAGAACGUGGUACAGAAGAUUAACCAACGAUUGAACAGACAAGAAAAAAGGCAGAACCUCCCUUCUCCCCCUGUUUCUGCCGAUGACAGAAGAGGUGGACUACCCCCUCUCCCGCCUCCAAAUGCUACCCGGUCCCCUGCCUCGAUCCCGAUGGCCACCGUUGAUAUCCAGAACACCGACAUCGCGAAGUCCCGUAACCGGUCAGCCUCGACCCCGGCCCCCGCCUCGCUGCCACUCGAGAAGGGCAAGAAAAACAAAAAAAAGUCGGGCAAGAAAUCCAAGCUGAGCAAGGCUGACAUCGGAGCGCCCAGCAGCUUUGUGCAUGUAUCUCAUGUUGGUUGGGACCCCAAUACUGGAUUUGAUGUUAACAACAUGGACCCCGAUCUGAAGUCUCUCUUCUCCAAAGCUGGGAUCAGCGAUGCCCAGCUGGCGGACGCAGAGACCUCGAAACUGAUCCACGAUUUCAUUGAGCAGUCAGGGGGGCUGGAGGCUGUCAAGGAGGAGAUGAGGAGACAAGAACCUUACCCACCUCCCCCUCCUUCCCGCAGUGGCCCUCUACCCCCGAUCCCCUCUCCCGCCCCCCCUCCCUCCCGAGGCAGAUCCGGACCCCUCCCCCCUGUCCCAGGACAGCCCCAACGCGGACCCCCUCCCCCGAGAAGCCCUGCCGCCCCUCCCAACAGGAACACCCUGCCUCCACCACCACCACCCAGCUCCAGGGGGGGUGCGCUCCCCCCUCCCCCCCCCUCCGCUCAGCACCCCUUCCCUCCUCCCCCUCCCCCUCCCUCCGUUCACCACCCCUCACCCCCUGCCCCUCCUCCAGCAGGCGGAUCAGCUCCUCCCCCUCCCCCUCCACCCCCUCCCCCUCCCCCAACUCCCUCCCUGGGGCUUCCUCCCCCUCCUCACACCGGACUCUCCACCCGUCCAGCCCCCCCACCGUCGACAGGAGGACGAGGCGCCCUAUUGGAUCAGAUCGUUAUGGGCAAGAAGCUGAAAAGCGUACCCGACAGGACAGACGCUGCUCCCCCCGCUCAGGCUGAGAGCAGUGAAGGGCUGGUGGGGGCGCUAAUGAUGGUGAUGCAGAAGAGAAGCAAAGUCAUCCACUCCUCAGAUGAAGAAGAGGAAGACAGAGCGGAUGAGGAUGAUGAUGAUGACUGGGAUGACUGAUCACUCUGCUUUCCUGAAAUAUCUUUUUUUUUUUUGUAUCACGUUUUAAAUUUCAACCUCUGAUUUCGUUUCUUUUGAUGGACUCUCUAGAUCUGUGAUAUUGCCAUAUUUUCGUAAGUUUCACGUUUUCUUAUAGAAAGAACGCACACAUUAUGGGAAAGGUAAAUUCGAUUUUUAUUUUGGUUUUAUGGUAAUUUAUUUCAAAUCCAUCGUCCUUGCAGAUGCUUCACAAGGCAAUUGUUUUUAUCUGAGGAAAUAUAUCUUUAAAAAAAAAAAAAGAUGCAUUUAGGAAAUAACA